AUUUCACUCACACAGUUCAGAACAUUUACUCCAAACACUGAAAACAUGCUGAGGAUCCUCUGCUCUCUCAUCGUUGCUCUGACCUAUGUGGAUGCAGUGAUUGUUUUGACCCAGACACCUGCUGUUCACACAGUUUCUACAGGACAAGAGGUUGUUCUCAACUGCAACAUUCAAAGAGAUGAUGGAAAUGUUGUCAGCUGGUACAAGCAGAAGCCAAAUGAGACUCCUCAGUAUAUUUUAUAUUUCUACCAUUCUGACAGCUCACCCAGCUUUGGAACAGGGUUCUCCUCAGACCGAUUUAACUCUAAAGCUUCAUCAAGUGUAGAUUAUCAGCUCAUCAUUAAGCAGACAGAGGAAGGAGACUCUGCAGUGUAUUACUGUAGCGUAUGGGAUGACUCUGCUUCCACUGUGGUAUUCGGACAAGGAACCAAGCUGAUGGUAACAAGCUCCAGCCUCCGUCCUCCUGUCCUGACAGUCUUCCCUCCGUCCAGCGUUGAACUCCAGUCCAACAAAGCCACUCUGGUCUGUCUGUCCAGUCAGUCUGGGCCUUUUGCAGAUGUCACCUGGUCGGCUGCUGGGAGUCCAGUGAGCAGUGGGAUCUCCACCAGCACCGCUGUUCAGAAACCAGACCAGACUUUCCAAAUCAGCAGCUCUCUGGACAUCCAGACGUCAGACUGGAACAUGGAUAAGGUUUACACAUGUAAAGUGUCUUUGGGGUCCCAGACUGCAGAAAAGAACAUCAACAAGUCAGGCUGUUCCACUCAAGAAUAGAGCGUCUGAGAUUUGCUUCUUUACUGUUUGUGCUGUUUGCUUGUUACAACUUUUAUGUAUUAGAACAUUUGCUAAUAAUCAAUGUUGUUACAGUUAACUUUUUUCAUCAGCUUUGCAAUUCAUCCA